GCUUGGCCCCGGAAGCGCCCGACCGAAGCCGAUCUUCAGGUGGCCUAAAGGCCACACAGCUGUGGAUGAAAGAGAAUGGGCUGGGUGUGAAUUCCGAGACUUGGAGCAAGUGGAAGGAGCUCCCACAAGAGGAGAAGGAUCUGUGGCGAGCCAAGGCCUUGGCGCUGAGUCGCCCUGAGGCUGCACCCAGCGAGGUGGAUGAGGCGCCGGAUGAUGAUUCGGAGGAGGUCCGGCGGCCUUCGGUGGGUAUCCUCAAGAGAUUCCAGCAGCUAAUGGGGAAGGCGAAGGAAGCACCACAGCCGGAGCCGAAAGAGGAGCCUGAAGAGGAGCCGAAAGAGGAGCCGAAGGAGACAGAUGAGAAGGAGAAAGAGGAUGUCAGUGGGGAGGGGGAGCCUUCCCCAUCGUCGCCAUCGCCGACUUCACCCCAUUCCGAUCCAUUCACCAAGUUCCUCAGCACCCAGAGCGUGCUCAUCGUCACAGAGAGCGGCAUGGGGAAGCGUGUGGCCUUGAGCGACCUGAAGCUGAUGUCCCGCAACAAGAAAGGGGUGCAAGCCAUCAAGCUGUCUGGUGGUGAUCAGGUGUGUGCCAUGUGCAUCACCGGAUCCCAGAUGCUACCGCGGAUGCCUCGCAAGCCCCGCUCCCCAGCGGAGAUCUACCAGGACGCGGCGGCCCACGCGGCGGGUUCCCCGCCCGAGGCGGCCCACGCGGUGGGGUUCGAGUCGCUGAGCGCGGCUGAGCAGGAGACCUACCACCAAGAACAUGCAGCCGAGGAGUUGGCAUACCAAGAGGCGCUAAAGGCGCGGAAGAUCUUGGAGGAGGAACUUGAGGAGAAGAUCGGUCAGCUGCUGCUGUGCACCUCAGGUGGAUCCAUCUUGCGACUGCAAGUGUCGGAGGUUGAAGUCAUGAAGAGGCGUCAGGGCGGCCGCUGCUUGAUGAAGGUGGAACGGUCAGACUCGCUGAUCUCGGCCUGCUUGCUGUCUGCGGUGGAUGCGGAGCGAGAUGCACCACAUUCGGCGGAAUGUGAGAGGGAACAGGAUGGGGAGCCAGAGGACGUGGGUGAUCCGGACGCCGAGGGGUAGAUGCGUUCCGAGGGAAAAAGUGCGCGGGGUCGCCGGGAACGGACGCGGAGUCGAGGCGGGCCGAAGCUCGCUGAAUGGAUCAGCACCGGUGUGAAUC